AUGCAGCAACUCGGGGAUCUACUUGGGAAAGGUGCCUUCGGCCAAGUUUACCGGGCGUUGAAUUGGACAACUGGAGAAACCGUUGCUGUUAAGCAAAUCCAGUUAUCCAGCAUACCCAAGGCUGAGCUUGGGGAGAUCAUGUCAGAGAUAGAUCUACUAAAAAAUUUGAAUCACCCAAACAUCGUGAAGUACAAGGGCUUCGUCAAAACCCGUGAAUAUCUAUACAUUAUUCUAGAAUAUUGUGAAAACGGCUCCCUCCAUAAUAUUUGCAAAAAAUUUGGGAAGUUUCCUGAGAACUUGGUCGCUGUCUAUAUCUCACAAGUUCUGGAAGGUCUCGUGUACCUUCAUGAACAAGGCGUUAUCCACAGGGAUAUCAAGGGAGCAAACUUACUUACAAACAAAGAUGGACGUGUGAAACUUGCGGAUUUUGGGGUGGCGACCACCCAUAACGGAGCCAUCAAUGACGCGGCUGUGGUCGGAUCCCCAUAUUGGAUGGCGCCGGAGGUUAUCGAGCAAUCUGGCGCAACUACGGCCUCCGACAUUUGGAGUGUGGGAUGCGUCGUUAUAGAGCUUCUGGAAGGAAAGCCCCCAUACCAUUUCUUGGACCCCAUGCCCGCUUUGUUUCGCAUUGUACAAGACGAUUCCCCACCAAUACCUGAGGGCGCUUCUGCUAUCGUGAAGGAUUUCCUUUAUCACUGUUUUCAGAAGGAUUGUAACCUGCGAAUUUCAGCUAAAAAGCUACUCAAGCAUCACUGGAUGGUAUCUGUACGAAAGCAACUGAAGACUGAUGGCAUUUCGGGGGAGAAUUCCCUUUCAAAUUUUGAUGAAGCCUUGCAGAAGGUGCAAGAAUGGAACGAAGCUUUAAAGUCACCUUCCCGGCCGUUGAGGCAAAAAGAUCAAGUUUCUCCUUUUGAACAACGUGAUCGUCGAAUAGUUUCACCAACACUACCCACUUCGAAAAACGGAACGAGCAGCAAUAAUCCCCUGUUAAAUUUUUCGCACGGCCUUUCUCUCCCUCUGUCAAACCAACUACUCCCUGUUGACAAGAACCCCAAUGGAGUACUCAUCCAGCAACCGGAAGAAGACAACGAUAACUGGGACGACGACUUUGAGGGUAAUAUCCUUCUCGAAAAACUCAGAGCGGAUAAGUCUGUCGAUGCGGAUAAGUGCGAGAUGGAAGACAAUGCGCAAACAAUUCGGCCCACUAAGAGUCCAAGCAUAAAGGGUCUUGAUGUUUCGGAACAACUGCAGGAUUUACCCCCGAUUGUUGAAGACUAUUCCGACAUCGCUGGAGAUGAAGAUAACGAUCUUCAAGCAAAGGUCAAGGAAUUCAAAAUGAGGACUACUGCUCGGAAAACAUUGUAUCAUCCCGAUGACAUUAAAGGCCUCGGGUAUACACAACCUCGGUCACGGUCCGGACCUUCAUCUUCAAGCAACUUUUCCUCAUCCCCUCCUCGUUCUCCCUCUAGGCAUACUCGUUCGUUAUCGUUGGGCAGUGGAUCAGUGGGCAAGUCGGAGGCGCGUUGGCUCCAUACCCAGAGUAAACUUGGCAGAUACAUCGAAGGCGAUGAGGAAGAUUAUGAAGAUGUAUUUGCGACCUCAAACGAUGCGCUCCCAAGCUCUUCCGCUUCAACUCUGCAACUGACCACGCGGCUCUCGAGAAAGUCCUGGUUCGGUGACGAUGACCUGGGCGAUGACGACCCGUUCGCUGAAAUAGAUGAAGAGUUCGCCGAGAACGAUCUUGAGACUAACCUCAUUCGGGACAGAUUUGCUCGACUGUGCGCUUUAAUCUCUCAGCUGGUGGACCAACUUGUUCCCACUGCUGCUGAUUACACCUUACGAGAGAUAUGCCAUCAAUUAUUAGUUGUGCUCACAGAAAACCCAGACAUGCAAGUUCAGUUCGUUUUGUCCCACGGACUCCUUGCUGUUGUUGAGAUCCUGGAAUCACGACCUUCUCGGGAUGUCCUAAUCAGCCUUCUCAAAUUAACUAAUAUGCUAGUCACAAAUGACUUAGGCAUCCUGGAGAGUUUCUGUUUAAUAGGAGGUAUUCCUGUCGUCAUGGCAUUCACAAGCAAGAAAUAUUCCUUGGAAUGUCGUUCGGAAGCCUCCAACUUUGUCCAACUUCUUUGCCAAUCCUCGAUGCUGACCCUACAAAUGUUCAUUUCCUGUCGAGGACUUAAAGUCCUCGUUGAGCUACUCGACGAGGAUUAUUCAGAGCAGAAAGACCUCGUUGUGCACGCUUUGAGCGGUGUAGCCAGUGUUUUCGAACUGCAAAGUCCCACAUCUAAAAAUGACUUCUGCAGGAUGUUCAUUCGGGAGGGUCUGCUGGACCCUCUGACGUCUGCUUUACUGAGUAUCAUUGCGUCUCAGCACGCUUCGAGUCCCGAGCCUAAAGCAAAGGCCUUGCAAAUACUUCUCAUCUUUUGCCAGGUCUCGCAAUCGGACAGCCAUGUGCGCCAAGCUCUUGGGACUCGAAAACUGAUUCGACGCCUGUUACGUGCAUGUGAACUUCUCGACCCUGAAUACAUCGUAACGAUGUUGAAGGCGAUUAAACAUCUUUCAAUGAAUUCGACACUUCUGGAUGUCCUUCAGAAUUCGAAUGCGAUUGAAAUCCUGGUGCAAAUUCUUGCUAAAGCCAUGGACUCCCAAACCACCGAAACGUCCAAUCACAUUUUCCAAACUUGCUUCAAUCUCUGUCGCCUCAAUAAGCUGCGACAAGAGGAGGCGGCACAAGCUGGAAUUAUUCCACACUUGUUGAGGAUCAUCGACGUCAACUCGCCUCUCAAACAAUUUGCUCUGCCCAUACUUUGUGACCUAGCAAGUGCCGGGAAGAGUUGCAGAUCACUGCUAUGGCAACACAAUGGCCUAUCCGUUUAUCUAAAUCUCUUAUCAGACCCAUACUUCCAGGUCAGCGCCUUGGAAGCAAUAUUAUCGUGGCUUCAAGAUGAAACAUCGCGUGUCGAAGAUAUCGUCGGCGAAGCCACAGCAGUGGAUCAGGUGGUCAACUGCUUCAUCAACGCCAAGGCCAACUCUUUCGAAAAUCUACUGGACCCAUUCAUCAAAAUUUUUCGAAUAUCAUCUUCCAUCACUCUGGCCAUUUCGGCAUCUCCAAAAUUCCUGAAGAAGCUGGUUGAACGACUUAAUCAUAACAAAGCUAUUGUUCGCCUCAACUUGCUCCGCAUCCUCCGAGCAAUCUGCGACACCUCACAGGAUAAGCAAGCUCUUGUUCAACGCUACGGUUUUCACAAUGCCGUGCAAAAACUCAGCCAGAAUGAUGGUGCCGUUCUUGUACGAGAAUUAGCCCGGGAAAUAGCACCGGCCCUUAUGCCAAAUUCAUCCACGGCGGGCGGCGUUGAACCAGAGCAAUCGAAUACUGAUGCACGAGGGGGAAGAAGGCGAACACCUGGGCGAAGAGCUGCAUCGGAUGCCUCAGGACUUGCAUAUAAAGUUGAAACUGUCUUACUUCCCAAACCUGGGCGUGGGCGACUGAAACCGGUGCCACGGACCAAAUUGAACGACCUAUGGAGAGCCUCGGAAGACAGGAAUUAG